UGGUUCUUUCUUUUGCUCUACUAUAUUAAAAACUCGGUGUAUCUGCUUUCUUUUUUAAUCCUCCGAGUUUCUUUGUACCUACCUAUCUGAUCGACUUUAAAAAAUAUCAUGACCGGCUCUUUUGUUCUAGUAAGCAACUCUGGCAAGAAGAUUUCGCUUGAGCAUGCCAGCCAUCCUUGCCCAAAGUGCAAGAGUGAAGCAUCGGUGCAGUUAAUGAGAUCGGAGAAACAACUCAUCCUGCUCAAUAAACGGAUUGCCAACAACAUGCGUGUGCGAUACGAGUGCAACAAAUGCAAAUGGAAAAACGAGGAACUACCCUAUGACGAUGAUUCGUUGUCGCAUAUUCAACGGUAUCUGAGCGAUGAAUCCGAUGAAGCCAUCGAUGCCUUUUACUUUUACGCACCAUCUUCCACAGCGCCCACCAAAACCGACGCAGCGUACUGAAUUACCCACGCAUAAUUGGAACAUGGUUGCCAUGUUCACCACCAUUCAUCCUACAUUCUUUCUCCCACAUGUACAUAUGCUUGCAAUAUUUAUAAUCAUUUAUAGAAGUUUUAAUACUAUUGAUUCAUCUCGUCACCCUUAAUUUCUAACCUGUAUGCCAUUUUUCUUCUUUGUCCCCAAACUAAAAUCCUCCAUCAUGAUCGUAUCAAUAGACCUAUCUUAUUUAUUCAUUUUACUUUGUCAGGGUCAUCAUCCCUUUUAUAAACUCUGAUGAAACUAUUAUUUUAUGAAAUC